AUGAGGCGCCUCUCCAUGAUUGCCGUUACGACGGCAGUGGUCAUUUCUGCCCUAGCAAGUCCAGUUCCGGAUCGGUCUCAAGUCCCCUUCGCUUGCGAGGCAAAGGAAGGGCAGUCUUAUUGCUCUCUAUCUCCCAAAAAGGAUCCAGUUCAAGCAUGGUGGGACUGUCUCCCCUGGGAACAGGCUCGUGAACUGUAUUCCGAUGUCCUUGGCGAAGACCUCAUUCGGGACAUUCACCUGAGCCACCUGGUUGAUGAGAACAUCGAUCUCAGUCAUGCCUAUGCCAGCGACGAGGAUCAUCAUCCAGACCAUGGCCACGGCCACCACGGCCAUCGCGGUCCCAGUUUCCCCGACAAGACUAUCUAUGAGGUGAUUAGCGAGUGUGAGCAUGUGAGUCGUUUUUUCAAGCUUGUCGAGGAGCAUGACGGCAUCAAGGAGCUGCUCGACGAUGACAAGCAUAACCACACCUUGCUGUUGCCGACGAACGGGGCGUUUUGUCGUCGGCGCUGUCGCCAUGGCCAUCAUGGGCAUGAUGGGCACGGAGAUCACGACGGCCACGGUGGCCAUGGUCAUGAUGGUGACCAUGACCACAGCUCUGAUAACGAGAGUGAUAGCGAUCAUGACGGUGACCAUAACCAUGGUCAUGACCACCAUCACGACCAUGACCACGAUGGAAAUCACGACCACGACGGCGACCACCAUCACUGCCCUCACUGGAAAGAAUUUAUCGACUCCCUCCUCCAUUACCACAUCCUCCCUGGCCGCUGGCCCCUCUGCCGCAUCCGGCACUCCAAGACCAUCCCAACCUCCCUCCAUCCCCCAGGCCUAGGCUUCUCAUCCGAACUAUCCCCCAAAUAUCACCAUCAUCACCCCCAACGCAUCCGCUCCUUUACAACCCCCUUCCUCCAACGAACUUACCUCAACUUCCGCACAGUCCUCACCCCGCACACCGUCACAAUCCACGCCAAAAACGGCAUUAUCCACCUCAUCGACUCCCUUCUCAUCCCCCCUCCCAACCAAACCACCGCCCUACGCCUUCUCCCCUCACACUUCAGCACUCUAACGCUCGCGCUCGAAACAACAGGCCUGGCUUCCGAGCUCGCCGACCUGCCCCGGUCAGGAGGAGCAACCUUCUUCGCUCCUGAUAACCACGCUUGGAUGAGGCUCGGCCGGAGGGCGAACGCCUUCCUCUUCUCUGAGCACGGAAAGCCGUAUUUGAAAGCCCUAGUGAAGUACCAUGUGGCAUUGAACGAGACGCUGUACUCGGAUGCAUUCUAUUCAGGCAAGAAGGGGCAUCAUGAUGGAAAUGAGAUGGAAGCGGGCUUUGGAUUUGGGUAUGAGCAUGUGGAUUUGACGACGCUGCUGCAUGAUCUGCCGCUGAGUGUGGACAUCCGGCGUUGGCAUGGUUGGGUGACGAUUUUGGUGAAUGGGUUUACGAGAGUGUUGAUUCGUGAUGGGGUUGCAGCUGACGGGGUGAUUCAUGUUAUUGAUCAGGUGCUGGUUCCGCCGUGUAAGCAUGGAGGCAAUGGCGAGAACUUGAAAAGUGGAGAAGUGAGCGUGGAGGAGCUUAAGGCCCGGUUGGAGCCGUACGUCGAGGACGAGACGCGGCUGUCGGGAGCUGCUAUGAUGGACACAUGUACUCAAGAAGCCUUGUAUAUGAAAAAGGCUGGGCAGAAGUAUGUAGCGGCGAUAGGAGACUUGUGA